AGGUAGUGUUGACAUCAAGGUGUGCCGACCUUUAAGUGCUAAUUAUCGUAUACCGCUUAUAUACACCCCUGAACAUCCGGAGGGAAUCCCUGAAAUACAGAUGCCUUGUUAUGAGGAGACAAAGCAGACGGACAAGAGAGGCUGUGCCACCUUUAUCUUCACAAUGUCAACUUUCACAAAAAUUGAGCAAUAUGCGCUACGAGAUGUACUGCAACUCACUGCAAAUAUGGAAGAGGAGGGCACAGGUAUUUCACGCUCACAAGAGAAGACUACAGUGAUUUCAUAUGUUGUUGGAAAGUUGUCUUUCACUGACACUCCCAAGAUUUAUAACAAAGGAUCAGAUGUGGAAGGAAAAGUUAAAGCUGUUUAUUACAAUAAUACACCCAUUCCUGACAUGCCGGUGUUCCUGUUUGAGGGGGAAAGGUGGUCAUCGCGUUUGUUUCAGAAUCUCACAACCAACAGAGAUGGUGUCGCCACUUUCUCAUUAAGCACAGCUGACUUUAAAGGGGACAUCCAAUUACAAGUUAGCGACACACCGAGACUGCUUUUCCCUCCUUACAGAAGGCCAUACUACGAUUCUAAUGAUCACAAAGUGUCUUUGGCCACACUUUCUUCUCCUGAUACUAAAACAGUCAGCUCCCUGGAAGUAAAGAAGAAGGAUGAACCACUUUCCUGUGACAAAGUAGAAAACAUCUUCAUCCAACACACCAUAGUUGGAGAGGCCCAGGGCGUUGUGGAUGUGAUGUAUCUGGUCUUAUCAAGAGGAGCUAUUGUUAUACAAGGAGUUAAACGGGUUGAAGUUAAAGACAAAUCAUUGAAUGAGGGCGAGGUGUCCUUUAAGCUGACAGUGUCUCCAGACAUGGCACCAGACGUCCAGGUUGUGGUUUACGCCAUCCUCCCCAGUGAGACUGUGAUCGCUAACAGCGCUGACUUCUCUACUGAGCAAUGCUUCAGUCACAAGGUGUCGCUGGACUUUUCUCCGUCCUCGGCUGUCCCAGGAGAGGAGACCAUCAUGCAGGUUACCGCCCAGCCAGAAUCUCUGUGUGGUGUGAGCGCUGUUGACCAGAGCGUCCUCAUCAAGGAGCCAGGGAAGACUCUGGAUGCAAACAAGAUGUUUCAAUUGUUGCCUGUCACAAAAAUGUCCUAUAUUCCAUAUGACGUUCAAGAUGGUGUAGAAUGUUUGCAUGUAAGACCGAGAAGAUAUGUCUUGCCAUACCCCAAUGGUGGUGGGACAGCUGAUGCUUACACAGUUUUCCAGAAUGUAGGGAUGAAGAUGGCAACAAACAUGGUUAUCCGAGAGCCUUCAUGUCUCAAAUAUAAAGGAAGAGAAUACCACCAGGGCCAUGGUGGUUAUGGUGACUUUGGUGUUGGUUUAAGGUAUCAUUCAGUUCCUACCAUGGCCAGAUCGGAAGUAAUGCCAGACAGAGUACCUGCACCUGCUGGUGCGGCGUCUUCUGGUAUGUUACCUCCUGAUAAACCACCAAUAGAGACAGUCCGCACUUUCUUCCCUGAGACCUGGAUAUGGGACCUGGUGGACGUUGGAGAGUCUGGAACAAAGGAUGUGGCCCUCAGUGUCCCGGACACCAUCACCACCUGGGAGACGGAGGCUUUCUGUCUGUCCCCUCAAGGUUUUGGCUUGGCUCCACGUAAAAACAUCACCGUCUUCCAGCCCUUCUUCCUGGAGCUCAGCCUGCCCUACUCCAUCAUCCGGGGGGAGCACUUUGAACUGAAGGCAACCACCUUCAACUACCUGACCAGUUGCAUCAUGGUCUCUGUGACUCCAUCCCCCUCCUUAGAUUACACCCUCACCCCCCUCUCUGGUGACCAGUACACAUCCUGUCUGUGCGGCAAUGAGCGCAAGACCCUCAGCUGGACCAUGGCCCCCUCUGCCUUAGGAGUUGUAAAUGUGUCCGUGAGUGCUGAGGCUGUGACAUCCCAAAUUUCAUGUGACAAUGAGGUUGUGAGCGUGCCUGAAAGGGGACGAAUUGACGUGGUCACACGGCCUCUCAUAGUAAAGGCUGAGGGAACUGAGAUGACAAAGACCUACAACUGGCUGCUCUGUCCAAAAGGGGAAGCUUUGACAGAGGAAAUGAACAUUCAACUCCCUGAGGACAUGAUUGAUGGAUCUUCCCGUGCUUCAGUAUCAGUCCUUGGUGACAUUCUGGGCCGGGCUCUGAAGAACCUGGAUGGGCUGCUGCAGAUGCCGUAUGGAUGUGGUGAGCAGAACAUGGCACUCCUCGCCCCAAACAUCUACAUCCUCGAGUACCUGAGAAACACACAGCAGCUGACCCCCGCCAUCAAGGAAAAGGCUACCAACUUCCUGACCAGUGGCUACCAGAGACAGCUGAACUACAAACAUGAGGACGGUGCUUACAGCACAUUUGGAGCAGGAACAGGGAACACUUGGCUGACUGCAUUUGUGUUGAGAUCGUUUGCCAAAGCACAGUCUUUCAUCUACAUUGACCCAGCGAACAUUGAAGCGUCCGUGACUUGGCUGAAAAGUAAACAACGAAAAAAUGGCUGUUUCGAACAAUCAGGAAAGCUCUUCAACAACAGAAUGAAGGGUGGUGUGUCUGAUGAAGUUACUCUCAGUGCCUACAUCACUGCUGCCUUCUUGGAGAUGAAUACACCCAGAGAUGAUCCUGCCCUUCAUGGACCUGUGAAUUCGAGCUUGUCUUGCCUAAAGGAGUCCAUCAGUGACCUCAGCAACACCUACACCACAGCUCUGCUGGCGUACGUCUUCACCCUGGCAGGAGACAUGGAGACCCGUGCUCACCUACUGAAGCACUUAGACACUGUUGCAUCACAAGAAGGAGGUUUCCUCCACUGGUCUCAGACAGAAACAGAAACGUCAGCCUCUCUGUCUGUGGAGAUCAGCUCCUAUGUGCUGCUGGCUAAACUCAGUGCCUCUCCAACUGCUGAAGACCUGGGCUACGCCAGCCGCAUCGUUAGAUGGUUGACUAGCCAGCAGAACUAUUACGGAGGAUUCUCCUCCACACAGGACACCGUGGUGGCUCUUCAGGCUCUGGCUCUCUACUCCACUCUGGUGUUCAGUCCAGUGGGUUCAACCACAGUGACGGUCCAGUCUCCCAGUGGCCAGCUGACGUUUGAUGUGAAUCAGAACAACAAACUGCUCUACCAGGAGAAGAAGCUGCAGGACGUGACAGGAAAGUACAGCCUGGAGGUGAAGGGGACUGCAUGUGCUGCAAUACAGAUUUCUCUUGUCUAUAACAUCCCAACUCCUGCUGAUGUUACUACUCUCAGUGUUGAGGUUAAACCAGAGGCUGACUGCACCAGCAAAAGACCCAAACUCAUUCUGAAACUAACAUCCCUACAUAGUGGGAAUGAGUCCUUACCCCAAGUAAAGGAGUUUAAAACCUUGGAGUCUUGUUCACGAGUGAAGGGACAAUGGAGCGGGGGAUUGGUCGGAGAAUUGGCGCAGCGGGUGCGGUAUAACAUUCAAUUUAUUGCAUCGUUGCAAUGAAAAGAGAGCUG